AUGGAAGUGUUUAAAUUGUUUGGAGCUUUUCUUCUAAUUUGUGUCAUUGGAAUUGAAGCUAAUAUUUGGGACGAUUUCCAAAAUAAAAUGUUGGGCAAGAACCGUAAAGGAAAUCGAUUUGAUGUUUCGAUUUGUGUCAAUCAAAUUUUACGAAAGUACUUGAAGCCUGAUUACAUGAAAAAUUCAUCAACAAUCUUUCUCAAUUUACUACCAAAUGGUGAAACUAGUUCAAUGAUGACGCAGCAAAGAAUUCUUAAACUUCUUAAUGAAGAUGAGAACCACCAAGUUAAUUUGAUAAUUAAAGACGAUUCACCACCGCAGGAAAACGAGCCAAGAGCACUUGAAAAAGCUAAAAAUUAUCUCAUCAUUGUGACAUUUCCUUUAGACAUUGUCGAGAACAUCAAAAAACUUCAAAAGUUGAACUCGUGGAAUCAUGAAGCAAAAUUCGUCGUUGUGGUCACUGAGCGAUACGCUGAUCAAUUUGAAAUGGAACUCGUCGUUUCAGGAGCCUUCAAACUAUUUUUUGAUUAUUCGAUUUUGAAUCUUUAUGUCUUAAUUCAAAAUUUAGAUGCUGAUAGUUUGCUACAAACAUUCAUUUGGUAUCCCUACGACGGCGAUUCAUGUUCUGAUGUAAUUUCAUUUUAUAAUUUGGAAGUUAUUGAUGAAUGUGAAAUGCUGAAAGACAGCCGCGAUGGCGAUCCUAAAUUUGAAUUACGUGAAAUUGUUGCUGAGAAAUCACGUUUGCCCGAUAAAUUCCAUCAAUGUCCAUUAAUUGUUACUACGCCCAUUUGGGAGCCUUUUGUGAUUGGUUCACCUGAAGCACCCACAGAUGGAAUUGAAGUAAUGUUAGUUAAGACUUUCGCUGAAAAACUUGAAAUGACAUUAGAAUUUAAUGUCAUUGAUGAUGCAACUGCUUUCAGUUUGGUCACGGAAGAUGAAGAGACGGGAUUUUAUGCAUCAUUAAUUAAUCGUGAAGUUGAUGUGAUGAUUGGUGGAUUGUAUGAUAAUGAAGUCAGCAGAAAGCUUUUAAGCACAACAAUUCCCUACGACUCUGAUGAAAUAACUUGGUGCGUCCAACGAAGCGGCUUAGCACCAAAUUGGACAAACUCAUUCGCUAUAUUUGACAUAAUGCUUUGGAUUUAUGCAAUAAUUUGCAUGUUCGUAUGUGCCGUGUUUCUCUAUAUUUCAGUGAAAAUUGAAAAGGAUAGAAAGGAAAAUUUUAUGUGGGCGGUAAUCAUAACAUUGUGUUAUUCAAUUGGAAUUUAUGGACAUUAUGAACCCAAACGAGGCUUUAUUCGUUACUAUGUUGGAUUUCUCUUAUUAUAUGGCUUGCACUUUUCUGCAGCAUAUCAUAGCUUUUUGUUGAGUGUGCUGACAACGCCAAGAUACUCCCCUCAAACUUCGACUAUUGAUGAAGCCAUCGAUGCCGAAUAUCAUUUCACUGGUGGCGAAAAUUUAAAAGCUGUUUUCGAAAGAACUGAAGGAGCUUCAGAAUAUUUAAGAGAGGCUUAUAAACCAUGCUAUGAAAUGGACAAGUGCUUAAUGGAUAUUGAAAGAGAUGAGAAAUUAGCUGUUGCCAUAUCACGACAACACGCGACUAAUGCUCGAAUCCCUCUUAACGUUGAAAACAUGUAUUGCUUCGAUAAGGCUAACAAUAUCUUCAGCUUCUCUGUUGUGAUGCUUUUCAAAAAGGAUCAUCACUUGUUGCCUGCUGUUAACGUUCUAAUUCGUCGUAUAACUGAAUCAGGAUUUAUUUUGAAAUGGAAAGCUGACACUGAAAAAGCUAAUCUGAAAGAAAUGGAACGAGGUGAUCCACAUGAAAAUGCAGAACCGCUAAAUCUUGGCCAUUUCCUUGGUUCAUUUGUCUUGAUGUUCGUUGGCUUCUGUUUGGCUUUAGCAGCUUUCAUUGGUGAAUGGAUUGUCUUCUUUUUGGCAAAGAAAAAAAAGGAAAAUUAA